CCUUUUCCUUUAAGUCCCUUUGCGCUUCGGUGUUGUUUUGUGGUCGUGGAGUUUACUCCCAGUAUCUCCUUAGCAAAUGGGUUCUGCAGCCUAGCGUUUCCCCCCCGAGCCAGGUCACCCGUGGUCUCAAGCCGUUAGGAGUCUGCUGGGCACAGCUCCAGGAUUUGAAGGUUUUGCACUGUGCACAAGAACGAAGACAAGAAGCAUGGCAUCCAUCCCAUCAAGCGGCUCCCUGGUGGCAACCCAUGACUAUUACCGAAGGCGCCUGGGUUCCACUUCCAGCAACAGCUCCUGCGGAAGCGCCGAGUACUCUGGUGAAGUCAUCCCGCACCAUCCGGGUCUCCCCAAGUCUGACCCUGGACACUGGUGGGCCAGCUUUUUCUUUGGAAAGACCACUCAUCCAGUGAUGACAACCGUAUCAGAAUCCCCAGAGAACUCAGGAACUUUCCAGGUGGCAAACGGCGUGAUCACGUGUGGCCUGGCCCAGGAAGUAAUGAGGAAGCGCCACGCCAGCGAGCCCAGCAAACCGAACAGCGGUCCAACCGCGUGAGGAAGCUGACGCCCCCCGGCUGGUGCCUCUGACCCAAACGCUAGGCCCCAGGGCCCAUUUCCCACUCCCCCUCCCCGUAGAGUAGGUCGGCUGCCUCGAGUACUACUUUAGACGUAGGUUUUUAUAAAAAUGAAAACAGCAACUAAAAAAAUCUUCUACACCGUUCUUUUCUACUCUCUUUUUGGCCAAUGCAGCUACGUCUUUUUUUCCACACAGCCUUGAAAACGCCUUUUAUGUUCUUUUUGUACUCGUCUAAUGAAACUGAAUAAAAUCCUUGAGCAGCCAUUUAAAA